AUGAAGAGGUUAGACCGUCGAAGUGGCCCUUCCCAAAGGAUGCAGCUCCGCUUACAACGUGGGCUCCAUCAAGAUCCAUCUGUCUUGCUUAGUGAUGUUUCGGUGGCCAGUAGCCAAGAGUACAUUGGGGGACAAGAAUUUUGGAUCACAUUUGAUACCGGCUCCUCAGACCUCUGGGUAGUUUCAUCAGAUUGUACAAAUCCAGAUUGUCAGGCCAUCACGAGAUAUUCCUCCUCGUCAUCUAGCACCCUGACAUUAUCAAAUCAGUCUUUCGAACUGACAUAUCUGGUGGGUUCAGUGCUGGGAACAGUAGGCACAGAGACCGUAACACUCGGCCCGUAUGAAAUAUCCUCCCAAACGUUUGCCUUGGCUAACCAGACGAGCGGGCUUGCUCUUUCUUACACAGGAAACUCGGGAAUUUUAGGCCUGUCCUUUCCACUCGUCGCUUCCAUCCCCCUAACGUCUGGGACACCCAUCCUGGACAAUCUGUUCUCUCACUUUGACGACCAACACCGGUUUUUCGCGUUCAAAUUAGGACGAAACGAGUCACAGGAUAUUUCGUAUUCAGAUUCAUCGCUCACCAUUGGAGAACUGGACUCCUCCUUGACAAAUGAUACGAGUCAGUUCGCGUUCACUCCGGUCUUCGCAUCGACACCAGACGAGUAUGACUUCUGGAAGCUUCCGAUUCAACAGAUUACUAUCAACGAUCAGGUCCUUUCUCUGUCGCGUUCGCUGGUCCGCGGUGCACCGUCUCCGAUCGCUGUGCUUGAUACCGGGACGACUCUCAUUUUAGGUCCGACUGCGGACGUUAAUGCGUUCUGGUAUGCUAUAGGAACGGGUGGGUCCACGAGGUACGACCAGCAGACAGAAACAUGGCAAGUGAGGUGCGAGAGGGCUGUGGAUGUGCGCAUCAAACUUGGCAAUUCCGAUACUGCAAAGGAAUAUCCACUCCAUCCCGAGGAUGUCAACUGGGCUGAAGUUGAAACGCAAGACGGCUGGUGUACCGGCGGAAUACAGGCGAACAACGGAGUCGACUCUGGUGAUUGGCUCCUCGGCGCUGUGUUCUUGAGGAACGUCUACGUCAUACACCAGGGCAGGACGACUUCCAAUCCACCGAUGAUUGGGUUGUUGAAUACGACAGACCCGUCCGCUGCUCUCGCAGAGUUCACAUCAUCCAGAGGACAAGACCCAGCUCCCCCGCCUUCCCUACUACGCGCCGGUUCUUCAGCUACAGAAUUGAGGGAUACUCUCGCGACUUGUGUGGUAUGCGGCGUGUGCGGAUUUUUGAUCGGAGCCAUUGGAAUUAUGAUCUACCGUCACCGACAGCGAAGGAGAUCGCAAGGACAAGUCCAUAUAUGAUACAACUUGAGUAGAUAUCGUAUCCAGCGCUACAGUGUCCAGCGUCCAAAUAAUAGUACAAAGACGCCUAGUAUCGUACCUAUCAUCCUACAGGGUAACUCUCGCAAAAAUAGUUAAUGAGCCCUGACACGCUCGACAUCCGGGUCACUUCUGAGGUUGGGUAUACCCAGGCUCGUAUGCAACGCUCUGAGACGGCCCAUACUGGCCCUGCAACUGCGGAUGCUGAUACCCCGGUUGAGCCACCUGAGGCUCCCACCUGCCAUCAAAUAACCAUCAACGACCCUCGCACAUCAAAAAAAGAAACCUCCUCACCCAGGCUGCACAUUCACCUGCAGCUGACAUAUCCCGCACAUCCAAACAUGCUUCGAGUUUAGAGGAAUGAGCGGGACGAAACAGAGCUCGAACCAGGUUCUGGACUUGGCGGAGAACAUCGCA